CUCGCAGUAAAGUUUUCCAGCAGAAAACUAAUAGGAGCUCUCUUAUAUCAGCAAUUAUCAGCGACGGUAACCAUAUUCAGUUACAAAGAAGAGAGAGAGAGAGAGAGAGAGAGGCAGACCAUCCGGGAAAUAAGAAAUAAUUGUUCCUCGUAAACUUUUACGCACAAAGGCAUUUUGGACAUCUUUUGUCGGAGCCUCAAGUCACUUUCGUUGAGUCUAUCUGAGUGAACACGUUGCUCAAGCUGCUCCUCUGGAAAACAUACUUUAUCACCCGACCGUUUCUUAUCUGGAGCGGAUUUAUUUGCUUAUUAUCCAGCGACUGGAUAACGAAGAAUCGCCCACGACUCGAGGUGCCCUAGGAGCUGCGUGAAAGUGUCUUUACUUGACCCGCUUUGUCCCAGGAGUCAGUACCCAUAUUCUUCCAAAUAGGACGAGUAUACGGUGUAAAAAUGUACCAAAGCCUUGCUUUGUCAUCCAACCAGUCCCCAUACGCACACGAUGCAGGGAACUAUAUUCACCCUUCGGCGAGUUCCCCAGUCUACGUGCCCACUACGAGGGUGCCUGCUAUGCUGCAAACCCUGCCGUACUUGCAGACAUGCGAGUCCGCCCAUCAGUCUCAUGGCCUCGGCGGGCAUCACGGCUGGCCUCAGUCUGGCACAGACAGUUCGUCUUUCAUCCCGGGCAGCCCCCAUCCACCUCCCGGGUUCUCCUACUCUCACAGCCCGCCAGUAAGCAGCAAUACCGGCAGGGACACAGCCUACCAGAACCAGCUAAUGCUUAGUAACGGUGGUCGGGUCGACCACUAUGGCAGCACUUUGGUGCGGUCAGUUGGAGGCUCAUACUCGAGUCCGUACGCGUAUAUGAGCCCCGAGAUGGCGACCUCUUGGACACCUGGGCACUUUGAGAGCGGCAUGAUCAGUCUUCAGGGACGGCAAGGUUGCCUGUCUGGGAGAAGGUCCAGUUUGGACAUGUCAGAGGAGUUCCCAGGAGAGGGGCGUGAGUGUGUAAACUGCGGCUCCAUCUCCACUCCUCUGUGGCGGCGGGAUGGUACUGGGCACUACCUGUGCAAUGCCUGCGGACUGUACCACAAGAUGAACGGAAUCAACAGACCGCUCAUCAAACCCCAGAAACGCCUGCAGACCACAUCUCGCCGGGCCGGCCUGUGCUGCACUAACUGUCACACCAGCACAACCACGCUGUGGCGUCGCAGCGCAGAGGGAGAGCCUGUCUGCAACGCCUGUGGCCUCUACAUGAAACUACAUGGGAUCCCCAGACCAAUGGCCAUGAAGAAGGAAAGCAUUCAGACAAGGAAACGGAAACCUAAGAUGCCCAAGUCCAAAACCUCAACAGGAGGUUCGUCAGCGUCAGGCACCAACUCCCCGUCCUCCGUGUCUGUCUCAGAACAUGCCUCUACUAUAAAGAGUGAACCCAACAUGGCCCCCUCCCCCUACGCCGGACAGACCAUAGCCUCUGUGUCCCAGGCUUCAUCACAUCUGGACAGUGCAGGAUCAGGACAUGUGGACAUCAAGUAUGAGGACUACACCUUCACUCCUACAUCUAUCACCCCACAGAACUCCUGGUGUGCUCUGUCUCAGGCGUGAGCUAGCUAGACCGCAGUUCACUUGGACCUGGUCCUGGGCCUGGACCCAGCAUAGCUCAGCUCACUGUGGAUAAUAUAGACUUGUGAAGAGAACUACCUAUUAUAGACCAACUGUUUUUCCCGUGGAUGAAGGGGAUGGAAAAACAGAAGGAAACGACGGCAAUCAAGUGGAAUGUAAAGAAAUUUGAACUUUUUUUGUGGCUACUAUCAAUACUAUAUCUAGUUGUUGUUGUUGUUGUUGUUGUUGUUGUUUUUGUUGUUGCCAUUAUUUAUGUUUUGCUGAUAUCACCAUCACAGUUUUACAUGGUGUUUCAAGAGAUAACCCAGAAAGAGUUCAAUAAGUUAUUACAGAGUGUUAAAGGGAGACUUCGGGAUGUUUCUACUUCCCCAGAGUCAGAUGAACUCAUGGAUACCAUUUCUAUGGCUCUGUGUCCAUUAUGAAGAAAGUUAGAGGUAGUUUCGCAAGCCAAUGCUAACUAGCGUUAGCGCAAUGACUGGAAGUGUAUGGGUAUCUG